ACCAGCAGCGGGCAUGAUGAGCACCAAGGCCUUCACGCUGGUCUCUGCCGUGGAGCGGGAGCUGCUGAUGGGCGACAAGGAGCGCGUCAACAUCGAGUGCGUGGAGUGCUGCGGCAAGAACCUCUACGUGGGCACCAACGACUGCUCCAUCUACCACUUCCUGCUGGAGGAGCAGAGCCUGCCUGCCGGCACGGCCACGUUCACGGCCACCAAGCAGCUGCACAGACACCUGGGCCUCCGGAAGCCAGUGUGUGAGCUGCGAGCCGCCUCGGCCCUGCACAGACUGCUGGUGCUCUGUGACUACUCCAUCACCCUGGUCCACAUGCUGAGCCUGGAGCCUGUCCCCUCGGGGGCCCGCAUCAAGGGGGCCGUGGCGUUGGCCUUGAAUGAGAACCCCGUGAGCGGGGACCCGUUUUGUGUGGAGGUCUGCAUCAUCUCCGUGAAACGCAGAACCAUCCAGGUGUUCAUGGUGUACGAGGACCGGGUCCAGAUUGUCAGGGAGGUGUCCACGCCAGAGCAGCCCCUGGCGGUGGCGGUGGACGGCCACUUCCUGUGCCUGGCUCUGACCACGCAGUACAUCAUCCUGAACUACAGCACGGGUGCCGCCCAGGACCUGUUUCCUUACUGCAGUGAGGAGAAGCGCCCCAUCGUCAAGCGGAUAGGGAGGCAGGAGUUCCUCCUGGCGGGCCCGGGAGGACUAGGCAUGUUUGCCACCGUUGCUGGGAUUUCUCAGCGGGCUCCUGUGCACUGGUCGGAGAACGUGAUCGGGGCGGCUGUCUGCUUCCCCUAUGUCCUGGCGCUCGACGACGCCUUCAUCACAGUCCACAGCAUGCUGGACCAGCAGCAGAAGCAGACCCUGCCUUUCAAGGAAGGCCACAUUCUGCAGGACUUCGAAGGAAGAGUGAUUGUCGCCACAAGUAAAGGAGUUUACAUCUUGGUUCCCUUACCUCUGGAGAAACAAAUACAGGAUCUUCUAGCAAGCCACAGAGUGGAGGAGGCGUUGGUUUUAGCAAAAGGAGCCCGGAGGAAUAUUCCAAAGGAAAAAUUUCAGGGAAUGUACAGAAGGAUCCUGCAGCAGGCGGGCUUCAUACACUUUGCACAACUGCAGUUCCUGGAAGCUAAAGAGCUCUUCAGAAGCGGCCAGCUUGACGUCCGGGAGCUGAUCUCUCUGUGCCCCUUCCUGUUGCCCACCUCCUCUUCAUUCACGCGGUCUCACCCUCCUCUCCACGAGUACGCAGACCUGAACCAGCUGACCCAGGGCGACCAGGAGAAGGCGGCCAAGUGCAAGCGCUUCCUCAUGACCUACCUGGAAGAAGUGCGCAGCUCAGAGGUGGUCCACAGCUACAAGGAGGACGUGGACACGGCCCUGCUCAAGCUGUACGCCGAGGCCGGCCACGCCAGCCUGCUGGACCUCCUGGUCACCGAGAACGCCUGCCUGCUGGCCGACAGCGCUGCCUGGCUGGAGAAGCACAAGCGGUAUUUUGCACUGGGACUGCUCUACCACCAUAAUGACCAGGAUGCGGCUGCAGUUCAGUUGUGGGUGAACAUUGUGAACGGGGAGAUUGACGACCCCACGCGCGCAGACCUGUACGACUACGUGGUGGACUUCCUCACCCACAGCCCGGACCACGCGCUGGUGUGGAAGCACGCCGACUGGGCCUUGCAGAAAAGUGAGGAGGUUGGAGUUCAGGUUUUCACCAGGAGGCCUUUGGAGGAGCAGCAGGACGGUUUCAAUCCAGACGAUGUGCUCACUCGCCUUAAGAAAUACCCCAACGCCCUUGUGCGGUACCUGGAACACCUGGUUAUGGACAGGAACCUGCAGAGGGAAGAGUACCACACGCGCUUGGCCCUCCUCUACCUGGACGCGGUGCUGCAGCGGACGCCCGGCGCCAGCGGCUCGGGGGCCGAGGUGACGGAGACCCAGGCGAAGCUGCGACGCCUGCUGCAGAAGUCCGACUUGUACCGAGUGCACUUCCUGAUGGAGAGAGUGCGGGACGCCGGCCUGCCCAUGGAGAGGGCCAUCCUGCACGGGAAGCUGGAGGAGCACGAGCAGGCCCUGCGCACCCUGGCGCUCGAGCUGGGGGACUUCCCUGCGGCCGAGGACUACUGUGCCUGGCGCUCCGUGGGCAGGGAGCCGGCCUACCGACGGCGGCUCUUCCACACGCUGCUGGCCCUGUACCUGGGCCCGGGCCCCAGCCCUCCUGCCUCCGCCUCCGCCUCCGCCUCCGCGGAGCUGGCUGUGGCCGCCGUGGACCUCCUGAACCGCCACGCCGCGGAGUUUGACGCCGCCCAAGUUCUGCAGCUGCUGCCGGGCACCUGGUCGGUGCAGCUGCUCUGCCCGUUCCUGACGGGCGCCGUGCGGGACAGCACCCACACCAGGAGGACCGCGCAGGUGGCGCUCGGCCUGGCCACGUCGGAGAACCUGAUCUAUAAGCACGACCAGGAGGGGAAACUGAGGCACAGAGCAGUCACGUCAAUGGAAGAGCCAGGCGUGCUUCCCAGCCCCUCGGAGCGCCACAUCUUGUCCCUCUGUCACUCAGCUCGGGCUGCCCUAGCAAAUGUCCCCUCAGAUGAAGCUGAAAAGAAGCUCCUUCCGGCUCUCAGACAAACAGCUGUGCCAGGUGUGCCACAGUCCCUUCUGCGAGCCAGUGUUUGUUAGAUACCCAACCGGUGACCUCGUCCACACCCACUGUGCUGCCAGCAGACACACGAACCCCAGCGCCCCCCGCCCCGGCGCUCGGACUUGAAGGGGCCGCCUGGGCGCCAGGGGGACCUCGAGUUCUUCGCACACCAAGCCCGCCCAGUGCAAGGAGCAGAACGCGGCGGCGCUGUGCCAGCCAAGACAGAGGCGACGUCUCGGUGCCCGGGAGGCUCCGUCAGUGUGAAACAAGUUCUCUUCCCUGCUGACCAAUCGGCAUUGAAUGUAAACAGGAAACCCAAAAGGAGAGACGUGCUCGUUCGCCCGCCCAGACACGCGGUUGUCCACUUGGACGGAUAAGUGAGCCUUCCGGGUGCACCCCCACAGGCUGGCGCCCACCCACGUCAGGCACACACUUGCCCGGACAGUGGCUUUAGGUGGCAGCAGGUGACCUCUCCCGCCCGGCGAGUGGCCAGGGCAGGGUCCUGUGCGGGCAGGUUUCACGUCGCACUUCUCCUCCCACAUGGUGCGUGCUCCGUCGACGACACAGUGGCUGCUUCCCGAUGACCUCGGGCCUCUGCUCUUGCCCUUGGCUGGCCUGGGAGGUGUGUCCGUUCCCUGCUGCUUCCCUUCUGGCUUCUAGCAAGUGAACACCACUACGAAACUGAUGACGGCUGAGAGAGGGGCUGCCUGCCCAUCUGGACGACGGCAGAGACAGGGAACCAUGGGGACAGGGCCCCUGUGUGCUGGCCUGAAACUCCACGGUCAAUGUGCUUGACUAAACAUUUUUAUUUGAAGUUAUAUUAUCUUUGUAAUAUUUCCCUUAUUUAGAAAAUCAUCUGUCUUAUUUGUUAGGGAUGUUUUUCUUGUUAAAUGUACCUCCUAUUGAACACUCGGGAAGUUAAAAGGGAAACAAUGAGCACAAACCGAGCGUAUUUUCAGGCGAGGCCGGCUUCCCCUCACGCUCAGCUGGGCAGGCAUGGGCGGCGCUGCCGUUGCACGUGGGGAGGUGGCACCCUCCCUGCAGGUCAUGCCACACCCUUAGAGGAAGCCCAGCCCGCUGCCUUACCUCCAGCACUUUACAUGCCUGCUCUGAGGUCUCCUGCUCACAGGGAAAUGAAUGCCUGUCGGUCCCAGACUGCAGAUUCGUUCUGUGGUGACUGCACUGCCCUCUCGGAUUUCUUCAUUUUGGUGAUUGAUUCUGUUAGGAAUGAACAAUAAAGACACUGUACCCCAUGCAAGGCUUGCAAGCAAGCAUCAGCGUCUGUGAGAAGAGCACCUGGAACACGCCUCCCUCAGCCUCAGCCUUACGGAGGGGGAUGAAGAGCCCACUCCAGUCUUUAAAAACGUCUUCUGCACUAGCAGUGGUCGGCGUUCCUUUUCCUUUGUGAUGCCAACUGGGCCAAGAACGCAAAGGCAUCCACGCUUUCUUUCCUAACUAAAUCUCGGUGAGCUCAACAAGAGAUAAUGAAGGAAUUCUGCCUGCAACUCGGCCAUGUGCUGUUACUCGGGGUGGACACAAAGCCCGGCCAGGAGCUGCCCUGCGGAUGGCUUGCAGAAUCACCAUAUUACUGUGCAUAUCACCGUUCAACUUGUGUGCUUGGAUUUACUCCUCAAAGAACAGGUGGCUAGUCCAUGCAAUAUGCACUUUGCAAAGCACUGUUUCUACUCAGAAUGGGUAAAAUCUUGAAAACGUCUUGUGAUUGCUCAUUUCUAACUUGGGGCCACUCGUCUCUUUUUUCCCUGCACAUUGAUCAAUACUUUGAAAUUUUUUUUUCCUUUAGAAUAAUGGGAAUUGGAGUUGAACAGUUUUCCAGCUCUCCCAGAUCCUCGAAGACAGGCAGAAUUCUGUGACACUGCAGAAUUGUCUCCUGUUUUCAAAACCUUUCUCUAAUCUUUCUCGAACUCCCACAAGGCUCUUUCCUCAAAUCAUAUUUUGAAAAGAAAUACAUGUUCUUUCGACAGGCCUGCUGUGUUGUGACCGUGCUGUCAGACAGAGCAAUUGGGAGCACCACUCAGCCCCUUUUCCCUCCAGGUUCUGUGUAACCAUUCUAGUUAAACAGCAUGAACUGAACUCGGUUGUCAUUUUAUGUUCUGUGGGCAAGACUGUCUAAUUUUAUGGCCUGUGUAUCUGCUGUUCCUGUCGAGAAUUAACAGGGGGUGUGUAGGCUGUGCGGCACGGGCCUGGCUCAGCCCUGGGACGCUGUGCUGGAGGGAGGGGCCUCGGUCACACCAUUGAGCGAUGCCUGUCACACAGCUGGGGCAGCCCUUGCUUUCUGCUCGCUCUCCUAUGGAAACCAUUGUCCUUGCAACUCUAUCCUUUGCCCCUGGUUGGGUCCCAAAUACACAAGAUGUACAAAUGUAAACUUGAUUUUAUUAAAAUUCUUUUAAUUCUUUGU